UAUUUUACUUCCUUGUAUUCUUACGGAUGGCGGAUUUAUACACCAACACAAUGUACAACUGGAGACACACCAUCAGUUUGUUCUGCAUUCUGCAGACAUAUCAUGCAGGUGCAACCAUACAGACAAGUAGAGCUUGUUAUGGAAGUAUUGGUUCUGGUUCCUGUACUCUGCAUGACAUCAGCUGUAGCUGCUCUCUGAGGAUCACCAUCAGUGAUGCCUACUACACAAACAAUACAGAGUGUGGAAUCACUGGUCUCUCUAGGUGCGCCACCAUCAACCCUGACAGCAUAACAGAACAUGGUUACUUCAAGUUCAAUGACACCGAGCUGCUCCCCCUCUACAACAUCUGCUCUACAAAGACUCAAUGUGUGUAUCCGGCUCCUCGAAGAUCAGCAUUUCUUUCCUUCUCUGUUGUGAAAUACCAGUGCAUGGCAAGAAUUACGACAGACGGGCCGAACACCGGGGCUACCGAGGGUCCAUCGUCCACACCCGCCUCUUCUCAUGAUCAAUUCCCAGUUGGUGUGUUUAUGGGAGGUGCAGGUGCUGGAGGAGUGGUUGUAGCCCUGGCUGUCAUUGCAGGGUACUUCCUGAUUCUCAGACGUCGGUAUGACAUCACCACCAAGACACCAGCGCCGUCGCUUCCUUUCACGGAUCAUCCCACGUCCGCUGAUCUGUCUGCUCGAGUCGAUGUCAACAACUACGCCGUCAUGGGACAACCAUCCAUAUCCCCAGAAGAUGCCACCCAUGACGCCAGUCUUCCUGCCUCCGAUUACCAAACAAUUUGAACCUUUCGUUCAUCAUGCGUGUAUUCUCUUUCAGCACAGUAUUUCAUCAUGCAAAGAGCUGUACUAUAUGACACUCAAUGACAUGACAGAGCAUCCAUGUUUUUCUAUGAUCAUCAUGAUUCCAACCAUAAUGAUUGUUUAUCGUUUUUGGUGUCAAGAUCACAAUGUAUAUAUUUCUCUGAAGUUGGUUUGAUUGUAUGUAUUAAAGUGUGGUUGGACUGUAUGUAAGCUGUGAGCUUUAGAGGUGUUAUGUAAGAUUGCUUGGGUCACGCGUGAACGUCAUUUGUUGUAUGAACGGUGUGAUUGAGUGGGUAUUUAAAAAGACUGUGAACAGAAAUCGAGGGCAGUCAACGAGAAUUCUAACCUUGGUUAGACGGUUUUGGUUUUGGUGCGUUGUCCAAAUCUUGUGGCGUAAGUUACAUUUUAUUUGAAUAUUGGUUAUGCUUAUAUUCUUGUAGCUUGAUCAUGUAAGUAUUGAUUGACAUUGGUUAUUCUAAGUUGUACUUGCUCAAUGUAUGUUAAAUAACUCUAUGCUUUUUUAGUUAUUAUGAGUAUUGUACAGGCUUGAUGUAUGUUGAAUAACCGUGUAUAGUUAUUCUGAGCAUGCUCCCAUGCUCAUUUGUAUGGUGAAUACCUAUGUGUGUACCAUUCUGAGUAUAAAAUACUCGAUGUAAGGUGAAUGGUUACUUGUAUAUAAACUUACGUGUAAACGUUUGUUGUAUAGUGUCCGGGGACCCAGAGGGGCACCUGUAUGAAGUAUGAGGAGACAGUGUCAUUCAUUUUAUGAAGCCUGGCCCCAGGGCGACAGAUGGCCAAGUACACAGAGAUGUUUACAUCUGGAUAGAAGGAGACCUGUGUGAGGCUCGUAACAAUGUACAGUUUAUAAUGCAAUGGCGUAGAAGGAGGCGUGGCGAAUGAAUUUGUACGUAUUGUGUACAUAAAGAGAGAUAAUUGUUGACAUGCAUGUAUUGAAAUGUUGGAAGAAAUAAUGCCUUAAAGAUGUUAAUGUAUUGAGGUGUUGAUGUUGAGAUGUAUUAAUGUGACCUGAUAUUGAUGUAUUGAUGUAUUGAUGUUCUGUCAUUGAUGCAAUGAUAUAUUGAUGUAUUAAUAGAGAUUUAGAGAUAGAUUAUUAGGGCAAAAUUAGUGAAUGUGUAAGUAGGGUUAACCUUAACUAUUUGGAAAGUGUAUGUUAAUGGGACAGAGGGUGUGUGUGAAGUAUGUGAAGGAUGUGAAGUGUGUGUGAAGUAUGUGAAGUGUGUGUGAAGGAUGUGAAGAGUGUGAAGUGUGUGAAGGGUGAUAGUGGAAGGUAGCUGAAUGGUUGUGAGUGCGUUGGAUACAUCAUUA